AUGACCGUCGUUGGUGGAACGUCGCUACAGGUUCCCUUCACCAUGGCCACACAAAGGUCGGACGCAUUCCCUAUUCCCCAGGGUGAAGCAUUGGAUCUGUGUCAUAAAUGUGCUGUUGCCCAUAGCUUCACCGUUUCUGUUCUGUCCAAGGACAAAGAUUUAAUUCCGUCAUUAUUUGGGCCUUAG